AUGUCUUCCCCCCUCACCCCAGAGCAAAUCCGCCAGCUCUCGGAGCAAGCCCAAGAGUUCCGCCCCGUGAACGCCUUCCGCCGGCCCUCCACCUUUUUGUCCCUCGCCCCCUCCACCUCGGAGUCGUACCCCCGCAGUCAGAAGCAAGAGACCUCUGCGCCCCCCCUCACAGCCGAGGUCCUCGCCGCCAUUCCUCAGAAGCAAGACGAGCAGAAGCGCCGCGCCUCGAGCCUGAGCUCGGACGCCUCCAAGUUCCGGUUCUUGAAGCUGGGACCCGUUCACUGGGGCGAGCACCAGGACGGUGUCAAGGAGGACUUUUAUGAGGUUGCUGUUGAGGAGUGA